UCUAAAGGAUUCUCUUCAGAUGCACGGAAUGUAAGGCUUGGGCUUGCAUCUGAUGGGUUCAACCCAUAUGGGAUAAUGAAUGUGUCAUACUCUUGUUGGCCAGUGAUUCUAAUUCCAUAUAACUUGCCUCCUUGGUUGUGUUUGAAACAACCAUAUUGGUUAAUGUCGAUGAUAAUUCCUGGAAAAAAGUCACCAGGAAAUAACAUCGAUGUAUAUCUAUAGCCUUUGAUAGAUGAACUCAAAGAUCUAUGGUAUGUUGGUGCGGACACAUAUGAUGCCACAACGAAGAAGAACUUCAGAUGCAUGCAGCCCUCAUGUGGACAAUUAAUGAUUUCCCAGCUUAUGCAAUGCUAUCUGGUUGGAGCACAAAAGGAAAACUAGCAUGCCCAUAUUGCCACAUGCACACAGACCAUUUAUGGUUGAAAUAUGGGCGCAAGUACUGUUACAUGGGUCAUCGCCGUUUUCUAAGUCGUGACCACAAGUGGCGUAGAAAUAAGAGUUGCUUCAAUAACGAGACAGAAAAUAGAGAUGCUCCGGUGCCACUCUCGGGCAAUGACGUGGUACAACAACAUGCAAGUUUUGAGCAGGAAACCUUUGGGAAAACUAGAAAGAGGAAGCGUGAUGAUGAUAAUAAGUGGCAUAAUUGGAGGAACAAGAGUAUAUUUUUUGAUCUCCCUUAUUGGAAGAACUUGCUUAUUAGGCAUAAUUUGGAUGUAAUGCACAUUGAGAAGAACAUCUGUGACAGCUUUUUAGGGACACUGCUUGAUAUGGAUGGUAAAUCAAAGGAUACUCUGAAGGCCCGUCUUGAUUUGCAGCACUUAAAGAUAAGGAAGGAUCUGCAUCCAAAUGUCAGUAAUGGAAAGUAUACUUUAAAUCUAGCUUGCUAUAAUUUGACCAAGGAUGAGAAGAAAAUGCUAUGCAAGUUUUUGCAUGGUGUAAGGAUGCCCGAUGGUUAUGCAUCAAACCUAAAAAGAUGUGUGGACCUCGAAGGUUGUAAGGUGUCUGGGCUCAAAACUCAUGACUGCCAUGUCCUCUUUCAGAAACUUCUUCCCAUUUGGGUACGCAAUAUACUGCCCAAGAAAUUUGUUGUCCCAUUCCUCGAGCUAAGCCUAUUCUUUGCUGCGAUUUAUUCCAAGGAAUUAAAUCCUGAAGAGCUAGCAAAGUUGAGUCGUACAAUUCCAGAAACUCUCUGUCGACUUGAGAUGAUCCUUCCACCCCAGUUUUUUGAUAUCAUGAUGCACCUUCCUAUUCACCUUGCUGAAGAAGCUCGAUUAGGUGGACCUGUUGCUUACCGAUGCAUGUAUCCUGUGGAAAGAUAUUUGCGCACACUUAAAGGAUAUGUGCGGAACAAAGCUCACCCAGAAGGUUCAAUUGCCGAGGGUUACAUAGCUGAAGAGUGUCUAACAUUUUGUAGCCGCUUUUUUGGUAACAUUGAUACCAAGCUUAACCAGCCAGAGCGUCAUGAAGCUGCAGCUAGAGAUGAAGGACCAGCUGGACUUAGUGUAUUUGGCACAAUUGAUCACUCAAAGAAAGGUUUCACAUUUGAAACACUUUCUAAGGCAGAGAUGAAGCAAAUUAGGCACUACAUAAUAACAAACUGCGAGGAAUCCAACUCAUGGACCGAUGAGCAUCUGGAUGAGCUUACAAGGGCUGGUGCUCACAGUGUCCAGAAACGGCACAGAGACGAGUUUGUAGAUUGGUUCGAGAGGCGUGUAAGAACAUAAUACAUAGUAAUUACUUAUGCUCGUGUUAAUAAAAAUAAUUGUGGAUUUUUCUAAUAAUUUGCACGUGUUAAUACAGAUCCAGGCACUUCACAAAGAAGGGAAAGUCAAUGAUCUUUUGUAUGCCCUAUCUAGAGGACCUGACCCUCGAGCUCGUGUUUAUAACCGCACCUUCAUCAAUGGGUUUUUCUUUAGAAAUGAUAGUGUAGAAAGAGAUUUGAAUACCCAAAACAGCGGUGUUGUUGUUAGGGGUGAUGCUCGAUCUGGCAACCUUGAUUGGUUUGGUGUGAUCAAGAAAAUUAUUUGUGUAGAUUUUCCCUCGGAAAAGGAGGUAGUGCUAUUUCAAUGUGACUGGUUUGACGUGCCCUCUGCCAAUAAAAAUCAAAGCACGGGCUACAAGAAGGAUGAUUAUGGCUAUAUCGAUGUAGAUACUACCCGACUUCGAUAUAGGGAUGAUCCCUACAUACUAGGCAUUCAAGCAGAACAAGUGUUCUAUGUGAGAGAUGUCAAGAAGAUAAAUUGGGCUUCUAUUGUUAGAUUGAAGCCACGAGACCUAUAUGCCAUGCCAUCCGUAGGAAAUGAUGACGAUGGAACCGGAGCUGAUGCUGACUUACUUGAUAUUGUAGUUGGAGAUACAAAUGUGCCAGACAUAGACGGGGAUGUCGAAAGUUGGUCUAGAUCUGGCAUGGAAGGUGCCAGUGGUGAUGCUUCAGAUAUUCCGAAGAUACCCGAAGUUGAUCCCGGAUAUGAUGAGCUUCAAUCUGAUAGUGAUAGCUGUGAUGAUGAUGAGACAUAUAUAAAUGAUGGCCAUGUUCCUCAUUUAGUACUCGACGAAUCUGAUGAUGAUGAGUUUUUUGUGUAGAACAUUAGGAUUAAGUUUUCUAUAAUAUAGAGAGGAACAGAUCUGUCCCUGUUGCUUGGUGUUAUAUUAUGUUAAUGUGAUGAGAAAUUUCAAUAUCAUAACUCUGUUUUUACACAUUGCACUGUUUAGACAUGUUGCUAUUUUUACUACCAUCUGUUUCUUAAUUGAUUAUCCCCUUCCUACCU